GAGUCAUCUUCAAGGAGAGUUCUGAAAGAAUUGAACCAAGAAGAUUCCACAGGUGUAAAAGCCAACCUAAACAAAGCCAAGGUCAAUGCUUGUACCAAGUGGUGUGUAGUAGAAGGUCUCCUAAAGCAAGAAAUUAAGGUAAUGUGGAAGAGAAUCCAUCUCAUAGGAGGAAAAGCCAUGAUUUCCAACAGUUUUGGCAAAAGGGUACCUUUUGUCUUGGAGCCUUGUGGAAUCACUACGCCAGAGAAUUAUGAAGAUAAUUUCAUAUGCGGUUCCUGUGUCAGGGAAAAUGAAGCAGCUUUGAGGUGGAAUAGCAACUCUAGAAGUGUGCAUUCUUCAACGCCACCACAAGAGGCUGAUAAUAGUGAACUUGUUGUAUCAUGUAGCACACCAAUGUCUUCUAAUCACACUUUGCUAACAAGCUUUUCAAGAAUGGGUUCAGUGAAGCGAAAGAGAAUUGAUGACACAAAUAGCUCUGUGAUCAACUCAUCAACCGACUCAGAUCAGAUGGACAAGAAAAGAAGGAAAGAUCAUGUCGUUAGAUCUGGUAGCAGUACUCCAGCUAGUCCUCAAGUUCGUAGAGCAAGGGGUGAACAGCUGAUUCUACCCAGGUAAUAAGCUUUGUUUGUUCCAGUCUCAAGAUGUUAAUUCUCCUUACUGACUUUCAUACACUUUUUUAUGUGAGUUGUGAGAAUCUGGUGGUAUAUCUAUAUUCUCUGGUUGAUUCUUUAUUCUUCUCACAUGUCUCCUUCACUAUUAAUUUUUUUGCUACUUCAGUAGGAGGAAAUUCCAUGGUGAUCAUUCUUGGCAUUACCAAGUUACACACCACCAUAAUAUUGCGUUACGUGGUCUACACUCCUGGCCAAAAGUCCUUCAGACACUUGACAAAAUGCCAACUGGUGACCCAUUAUUUUGAAGUGGGAAGUCAUUGUAUUUUCUGAGAUCCCCUCCCUCCAAGCAAUGUUGGAAUAGUGGGUGGGUCUACUUUGAAUUAAUCAACAUUGUGUUGUGGGUGGGGACAGAAAGACCAGUAUGUUGGCAAAAGUGCAAAGUGUCCCAAGACUUUUUAUCAGGAUUGUAGAUCAGGGAUGAACUCCAGAGGAGCUUGGGUGCCACAGGCGACUACAUGUAACUUUUGCCUUUGGAUGACUGGACAAAUUUU